CUUCCUCUCCUCCGUGCUUACAGCCCCUCCGCUAUGGACCACUUCUACACCACUAACGCCACUGAGAUGAAGAAUGCGGUGACUAACCUGGGCUACCGUCAAGAAAACAACGCAGCGACGGUUCAUUCCGACCAGACCCCGAUUACCAUACCGCUCUACCGCCUCUACAGCCCUUCGGUUACGGACCACUUCUACACGACGAACGCGACGGAAAAGGACAAUGCCGUCAACAACCUGAGAUACCGUGACGAGGGAAUCGUCGCUUACGUGUACGAGACGCAGGCGUUCGGUACGGUGCCGCUAUAUAGGAUGUACAGCCCGUCGGUCACGGACCACUUCUACACGACGAACGCGACGGAGAAGGACAAUGCCGUCACCAACCUGAGAUACCGUGACGAGGGGAUCGCGGCCUAUGUCAACCUUUAG